AUGGCGGGUGAGGAAAAUCACGGGAAGAAGCGCCCGGCCGAAGCUGACCCCGACGGCGCGCAACCGUUAACGAAGAGAUUUGGACACCUCCGAAUAGAAAAUAACGUGCCAAUCUCCGCUCGGGCCAAACCCAAGGGGCAUAUCCAACAUAUCCAGCCUAUCCAGCCUCACAUUGACCAAUAUGACCAACAUAAUCAACAUAACCAACGUAACCAAGACCUAUCCUCCUCAAACGAUGCAAUGAUCUUGGACGACACCAAACAUACGACCUACAUUCACAACCUGGAUCAAGAAUUAAUGGAAGCCGACUCUCCUGGCUUGGUGUUUUCACCAUUCGCAGAGAAAGUGCUCUCAGUCCCUCAAUCCGUUCUAUCCGACUCGAAGCCCUCGGGGAAAGAACUCGUUCUUUAUACGGAACCAUCUUCCCUCACGGUUCCCAAGGAAAAGGAUAAUGUUCGAAAGGCAAUUCUUGAAUCUCGAGCGCGAGCUAGAGAGAACAAGGUUACGGAAGAUUUAUACGAUGAUCCAAUGGAUAUUGAUAGUUAA